ACGCAAGUUAGAGUCAGUUUACCCAACGUUAGCGAUCAAUUCUUGGCGAUUCCCCACUGCCCGCCAGCGACACGCCCUCCAGGCCGCGGCUGACUGUAACAGACAAAUCGCCACUGCUUUCAUUAUUGAGUAGAGCCAGCACGUGAAACGGUCCUUGUCACAAUUCUGCUGUUAGAAAGCAAGGCACGCAGGAAGAACCAUGUGAGGUCGGCGGUCCGUGAGGCCAACUCCGCUAUGCUCAACGACAACAAAAGCGAUGAUAGCCUGUAGGCGCGACAUAACUACCUGUUUCACAGUCAUGGUAUAGGCCUCUGUGGGCAACAAAGUACUACAAUGGAAUGGAUGUACAGCAGGCUGUUGGAACUCACCACCGUUGCCACGAUCUUAUUCCUGCUGACACAGAAAGGUGCUACCGUCACUUGUCCACGUGAUAUGUUUUCAUCAGUGUUCGCUUGUUUCCGGGACAUCCUGGGACCUAACGCCCAGGAACUAAUUGUUGCUGGGGCGGAUCUUCGCGCCGUAAAGGCCCGGUGUGAGGACGGCAGUUUCAACAAGGCGGUGGGGUGUGUCCAAAAUUUAAAUCAUGUUUGUCGUUAUUCUGAACGGCAGGCUUUAUUAAGUCGUCUCGCAAACACAGUCUUGAUGGACGAAGGAUUCAAAGUGUUUUGUGACAACCUUUUCCGAUAUGGCGAAAACAAAGAGUGUCUGCUGAGGAAAAAUACUGUGAUACAACGUUGCAUUGAAUAUCGCCAAGGGAUUUUUGAUUAUGAAAUGAGCGUCAAUCGCGAGGACGAAACGGCUACGAUGGAAACAGUAUGCAACUUCCUGCGGGGCAUGACAGGCUGCAUUGACUUACCAGUUCGGAAUUCCUGUGACUCUGUCCUAGCUGAUAUUUUAUUAAAAUUCAUGUCUGGGAUUACGCCGCCUGUGUGUGAACCUUACCAUCCCACAAACGAUGCUUACUCGCCUUAUUCCCUCAUCACCAACACAACCUAUUGGAUUAGUUUCUUGUUUACCAUGAGCUGCCUCCUGAACUUCAACUUUGACCUUGUGGUCUGGUUCCCCGAAAGGUGACAGAGCCAUAGAUAGUAGCCUCUGAACCGAUCGAGGUGUCUCGUGUCUAACACAUUAUGCCACAGUCUACCUGCUCCGUCUUGGGUGUGAUUCAUGUUGUCUGGCCACAACGUUACACGGCAACCUGCUCCUUGGGCAUGGGAUAAAUUGAAUACAGCGUCGAGAAAAUGAAAUUAUGGCGUCAUUAGAGGGAUUCAUUUUUCUCCUUAAAAUGAGAAAGCAUGGUUAAAGAAGGGUUGACGGCGAGUGGCCUUCAUAUAAAAUUCCGUUACAAACGCCAUCGCAAUUUAUGCACUUAGAUUUUACGAAGAGAAUGGCCAGACGACUAAGAUUGAAAACCUGUUCAAACACAGGCAAAAUGUAUGUCCUGAUUUUCACUUAUAUUGAGAAGUGAGGCAUGUAAACUGACGCAGUGUUCCCUUCAGCUGAAAAUAAACUAUGACCGUGGCACUGUGUUACCUAUGUGAAUAAAACCUGUGGUUUCGAGAUGUGUACUAUCUUCAUUGGAUUUGUGUGGCCCCUUUCCAUUGAACAUUUGGAACAUGAUUCAUGGGAUAUAAUUAAUGAUGGAUCUGCUUUCGGUGUCCGAUUCAUGUCGAUCUUCACUCCACAUGCUGUAUAAAAGCUUCUUCAAUCUUAAAACCCAAUUGUUUGUUAGUCUAAACCCAAACGUUUUAGACCUUCCCUGGAAUAUUAUUCCAUGUAUGGGACCAAACCUCCAAUACCAAGCAUAAUGCCUUGACAGAGACUUUAUUAAUUUAUGUGUUUUUUUCUUUAAACAGAAAGUUCCAUUAAGUGUAUGAUGUCAUUUAUCUGUCAUCAUGUUGUUGAUAUUUGUAAAAUCUUGAAAGUCCGGAAUACAUUUCAUAGUGCAAGCCAUUAAAUUAUACAAAUAUUACAUUACAUCAUUACAUAUUCCUCAGUGCAUGGAAUAUAAUCAUGUCAUAUCCAUAAUUUCCUCUGUGAAAAGGCAGUUAACACCACAUGAAACAAUUACCACGAUAUAUGACUGCAAUAUCGCGAAGUGGAGAAACAAAGCUCUACUUUAUCAUAUUAAGACUUUAUAUGGGAAUUUCUAGAAUAUCCGCUUUGUAAUUUAUUACUGAGGAUAACUGUGCUGAAGUAUCCCAUCAAUAACAGUUGCCUACCACAGUGGCAUUCAAGGUACAUGUGGUUGAUGUGUAUAUAUAACUUGUAUUCGACCAUUUUUACCUCUAACUCCACUUUAUACAUAAAUGAAAACGACUGAAGUGUAAGCUUGUAUAUUAUGUCUAUUAUAGUUUAUUCAUUAAUUUGAGUUUAAUCUAGUGUUGGUUGAAUGCCAUACUGGACUUCUAGAUCUGCUCUGAUGCGGAAUGAAAAGGUGUGAGCAUGGCAUUUAACUAUAUGUAGUUAACUAUUCAGAUAAACCCCGCAGUUUAUCUGGCCAAACAUUCACAAAGCAAUUGUUAAUUCAGUCAUUGCAGUUGAUAUUAAUGUGAUGUGUUUAUGGGAGAAAAAUCAGCGUAGUUAGUCCAAUGGCGGUUGGAAAUAACUAGCGGAGAGGAAAAGGUAUUUCGACAUUUAUUUAAACAUGUUCUUGCUUUAUGCAUCCCUAAAUCUGCUUUGAUCUGCACCUGUACAAUUUUUAUGAAAACUAUAGUUAUCAUUCAUGCACAAUCCAAAACAUGCAGGUACAUACGCAUGUUUAGUGAAUGGAUAAAAUAAUGAAAACAGGAAACGACUUCCAUAUCGGACAGAUAGAAUUAAUGCCUAUUGCAAAGGAAAGAAAGGUAUGUGCUUCCCAUUUUGUCGUAGCAAUUAAUUUGAGUUUGAACAAGAAGAAUUGUGACAAGGCUUUAUGUUGGCUCCACUGGGAAUUUUACAAAUUCAAAAUGGGACCAAAUCCUAUAAACGAAGAGGAUACUACAUAUGAGUUACUGAGGGAAUUUGAUUUUUCUAUGGGGAUUUGAUUUAUAAAAAAAGCCAUGGCUGAAGCAAGGGAACCUCAUUAUGAUCUCACGGCAGCAAGGCCACGCGUUAGUCAUCACGCAUUACCAUAAUACAAUCUGUCUUUUAUAGCAUGUUUAUGAUUAAAUAAAGUGAAUUGGAGUGGACGAUGGUUUGUAUUUCUUAUUUUUUGUUCCUCUUCUCAGGUCGUCAAUAAUAUCUCAUUUGUCAACGCUUCUCGCACUAAAAACUCAUCUCUUUAAUAUUUAGCCUUCACUAUUGGAUUUGAGCGCGAUGCUUAUUCUGUUAGUGUAAUUGCAAACCCAUAAUUUCA